AUGAAGCGACUUCCAGCCGCCGAAACUAGAAUCAAUGAAGCUGAUAGCAAUGAGAUGUUGGCACAGCCAAGGCGUUCGGCUCUCGGCGUCUCGAGAAACAACACGCAGGCAAUCACUGGAAGGAGUACUCCUGUCUUUGAUGACGCAGCUGAGGGUUCCGUCGACGACUAUGCCAAUGCCUUUAGCACCAACACGGGUAGCCACGGCGCCCUUCAACUAAACAUCAUCAGAGAGGACCAGUCCUCCUCGGCAGGAGCUAGGUUCUCUGACCUACAGACAGCGCAAGCUGCGCAAGUCUCAGAAGCAAACAGUGAAAGAAAUGCUGAGGCAUUUGAGAGCCGAGAACCACAAGGCUCUGGCCUUUCCACAGAAGAAUCACAGAACCAUUGCGAAGAUAUCCCUUGCCCGCCUCUGACCAAGUCGAAGGCCCGAAAGCGACGCGGCCAUGGAUGGUCUCGAAAGAAAGCUUCGAGGUCGGGUCCAAGUAAAAAUUCUGAAGGCCGUGCUACUCCCACCAGCAAGAAACGCCGAAUAGGCGAAGCGGAUGCGGAAGAUCACGAGCUCAGGCCAAGAAAGCAACAGCGCGUCACUGAGCUAGUUGAAGGACCGUCAUGCGUCGUUCCUGUUGUACCCGAAGGCCCGCAAAUUGCGAUAGAUGGUGGAACGACGCGCGACCAUGAGACGAAUAGGAAUUCGGAGACAGCUGUACCGGGUUGGGCGGUGGAAAGGCCGAGAGUCAACGAUGCACGGUUCACAGGACCAGAGGUCAUUCCAGUCAACGUCGAGGAGCAGGAAGAAAUAGAUUUCCUGUUGUACGCACCAGGUCCUUUCGAUUACCAUCCAGGGACACCAGUAGAUACACCAACAAGCGCGAGCAUGUCCCGAUAUAAUAGCGAUCCGGGCACGCCAGGGUUAAUGGCUGAGGACAACGAGAACCGGCGACGCGAAAGCAAUUCACCAGACUCAACACCUGCAACAACGCCGCAUGCGCAGUCCAUCGAAAGAUCACCCACAAUUAUUAUUCUAGGGACAAUCGACGAAGACCAAUCUUACUGGGCGGCUGAGGAAGGUGACGAGGAAGAAGACGAGGACGACGCGUCCGAGUCCGUUGUUGUGUUCAAUAGAGAAAGAUCCAUGGCUCCCAGUCCUCCGUCUCUUUCUCCUUCGCACCCCACCGUGCAUCCCGCGACCCCCGCGCAUGUCGACGAGCCUCAGAUGAUCCUGUGGCAAGGACACAAUCCGUGGAAUGCUCUACACCCUUGGUUGUAG